UCCAGUAUCGCCAAACAGAAGCUGAGAAAAAAAAGAAACUUACAGAGAAGCUAUGGGAAUCACACUUUCUCAAUUUUUUAGUCGAAUGGGUGAGCUCUACCAUUCUUUCUCCAAUCGCGAGGCUCGUGUUCUCAUGGUUGGAUUGGAUGCAGCAGGAAAGACCACCGUUUUAUACAAACUCAAGUUGAACGAGACGGUGACAACGAUUCCUACUAUUGGAUUUAACGUAGAAAGUGUUUCACCCUGCAAGGGGCUUAAAUUUACGGUCUGGGAUUUUGGUGGCCAAGAGAAGCUCCGACCACUUUGGCGCCACUAUUUCCAGAACACCCAGGGGUUGAUUUAUGUCGUGGAUAGCUCCGAUCUGGAAAGAAUCCUUGAGGCCAGGCGAGAGCUCUUCGGAGUUCUCGACAGUCCAGAGAUGGAGGGCGUACCUGUGGUUGUCAUUGCUAACAAGCAGGAUCUCCCACGAGCGCUAAGGUCGCACGAUUUGGCUCAGCAGUUGGCUCUGGUGCAACACAAAGCAAACCCGUGGCACGUGCAAGAGGCAUGCGCUACAACUGGUGAGGGCAUUUAUGAAGCUAUGUACAAACUGAGUGAUAUGGUAAAGGAGUUUGAGAAGAGCUCAAGAAAAUACUGAUUAUAUUGGUCAUGGGUGAUUUGCAAUUCAAGAGACAGUGCCUUGACUUCACCCUUGUGUCUUUCUUAAUUCGGAGAAUAGAUGUAAAUUUUUAGCAUAUAUAUAGAUAUGUCUUUUUAUUUUUUUUUAUUUUUAUACUUUGAUGUUCCAAUAGUUUGUAAGAUUGUUUUUCCAGUUCGAUAUAUUUCAUUUUGUUAACGAUAACCAAUGUCACAGUCUCAAGUUUACCGGAGACUGGGGGAAAGAGCGAAAAAAAAUUGAAUGAAUGAUAUAAACUAACCAACAGAAAAACAACGGAGGUGGAUUUACGAUAUUCAUAUUGUAUGAUAUGUCCGGGCCUUGUGCCUUUGUUUCAUUAUUGCUAAGAACAUUUUGAUGUUUAUGUAUUUUAUUUAUCAGUUUUAUACCGCAGUUCACCUGCUCCGCCGAUUUGAGACUUUCGCAUAUGUGCCACAUUGAGAUUACUUUCAUGGGCACUGUAUUACAAUUUAUAAAUCAUUUUAUCCUAUGCUUAAGCUUGUUAGACAAUGAAAUGAGUUUGCUAAACUCUCAACUUCGUAUCAUCUUAGUUGAUCUUCGAAUUACAAAUUCGAAGGCGGCCAUCCUCAACUGAAAUUCUACAAAAUCAACUCAA